AUGCUCAGCGCCGCUCUUCGGAGGCGAGUCCUCGCCCCAACCCACAAUGCCCUCCGGACCGGCUUCGCCUCCCACGUCGUGAGGUGUUACGCCUCCUUCCCGGAUCAUCAGGUCAUCAAGAUGCCCGCCCUUUCGCCGACGAUGCAGGCGGGCAACAUCGGGGCCUGGCAGAAGAAGGCGGGCGAUUCCAUCGCCCCUGGCGACGUCCUCGUCGAGAUUGAGACGGACAAGGCCCAGAUGGACUUUGAGUUCCAGGAGGAGGGCGUCAUUGCCAAGAUUCUCAAGGAAUCGGGCGAGAAGGAUGUUCCAGUCGGUACCCCUGUCGCCAUUCUUGUCGAGGAGGGAACCGACAUCUCCGCCUUCGACCAGUUCACGCUCGAGGACGCCGGCGGUGACGCCAAAGCGGCCCCUCCGAAGCAGGAGGAGAGGUCGGAACCGAAAUCCGGCCAGGAGCUGAGCCCGGCACCGGCACCCGAGCCCGAGCAGAACACGUCCCAAGGCAGGCUGGAAACGGCGCUCGACCGCGAGCUCAACGUUGCGCCCGCCGCCCGGCGACUGGCGCGCGAGAACGGCAUCAGCCUCGGCGGCGUCAAGGGCAGCGGCGGCGGCGGCAAGAUCGUCGAGGCCGACGUCCAGAAGCUCGUCGGCAGCCCCGCCGCCUCCUCGGCGGGUGCGACGUUCGAGGACGUGCCCAUCAGCGGCAUGCGCAAGACCAUUGCCAACCGGCUCCAGGAGUCGGUGCAGAAGAACCCGCACUUUUUCGUGACGAGCUCGAUAUCGGUCGGCAAGCUGCUCAAGCUGCGACAGGCGCUCAACGGCUCGGCCGAGGGCCGCUACAAGCUCUCGGUCAACGACUUCCUCAUCAAGGCCAUGGCCGUCGCCUCCAAGAAGGUGCCUGCCGUCAACUCGAGCUGGCGCGACGACGCCAUCCGUCAGUUCAACGCCGUCGACGUUUCCGUCGCCGUCUCGACGCCCACCGGCCUCAUCACGCCCAUCGUCACCGGCGUCGAGGCUCGUGGCCUCGAGUCCAUUUCCACAAAGGUCAAGGAGCUCGCCAAGAAGGCGCGGGACGGCAAACUCAAGCCUGAGGAGUACCAGGGCGGCACCAUCUCCAUCUCCAACAUGGGCAUGAACAACGCCGUCGACCACUUCACGGCCGUCAUCAACCCGCCCCAAGCCGCCAUCCUUGCCGUCGGCACGACCAAGAAGGUGGCCGUUCCUUGCGAGAACGAAGACGGCACGGCUGGUGUCGAAUGGGACGACCAGAUCACGGUGACGGCCAGCUUCGAUCACAAGGUCGUCGACGGUGCCGUCGGUGCCGAGUGGCUACGCGAGCUCAAGAAGGUGCUCGAGAACCCUCUGGAGCUGCUCCUCUGA